AUGAGUGAACCAUUCGACCUCAACCUACUCCAGGAACCUCUAAACCUGCCCUUCCCCGCAGUCACAAAACAGGUUGCUGAGGUCAUCCAGGGGAUCCAAACAAAUGUUACCCUCAUCAAGUUUAGUGACAGAAUCCUAAUAACGAUUUCACAAAAAGGACGACUAGGACAUUGGCUGCACGUGCCACUCGAAAACAAAAAUCCCGGGACCGAGGGCUUUCACACUUUCUCGGAUUCUGCAGACGAUAAUCUACUCCCAAUUGGUAAUCUGACUGCUACGUCACUGCUCGGUGGUCGAGCCCCUGGUCAUGAGGUAGUUGGUCAGCUUUAUGCUCGUCAAAUCGCCAGUGCUAUUGUCACCAAAACCCCCAACGAGAAGCGUAUGCUCGUCGUGGGUCUUGGCCUAGAAACUGCCGACGCUGAUCGGGAUGUUUUCUUUGCCAUCAUCGAUCUCGUGCUCCAGUGUCUCUGA